UCCAACAAAUUGAUCGAUUUCGCCGCCCACAGCUUCCGAAACCCUUGAUCUCCGAUACAGUGAGACGCCGAAAGCCUGAAACUUCAACCACCACCACCAUUGUUGAGCUAUAUUGCAGAGACAUGGAAGCUAUGAAUCUCUUCUUCGCUUCUGGUUUUACCAACCACACAGUUCUGUUACCUUCGAAAGUGAACAAUGGCAACUUUGGUAAAUUCCAUAACUACUUCUAGGUUUUUAAGUCUUUAAACUCCAAAAGACACCACCUGGCUACUUCUAACAAGUCUAAAGUCGAAAGAGUUUCACUUUCUUUCUCUGUGGCUCUUAUGCUAAUUUACCAGUGAAGCAUUUCAUCAAACAGAACACCUUAACAUGCUCCACCCUCUCUCUUCCGUUACCGCCAUGCCCACCUUUUCUUCAUCUUCUUCCUCGCCUUCUCAGAAACCCAACAAGAGAAAUUCUUCAUCCACAAACCCCAAUAGCUCCACCUCCAAUACCCUUCUCUGUAAGCAUUCCCCUUCUGCAACCCUAGACAUUCUCAUUCUUAUUCUUGUUCUCUUCUCCUGCACAUUUCUUGUUACCUCAUACUUCUCUUACAUCUUCCGGUCCCUCUCUCAAAUCCUUCCUUCUCUCCUUGUCUCCCACUCCGCUGCUUUUCGGGAGUCCCCUUUUCCCUACAUUUUAGGGUUUCUCGUGUUUUUCACUGUUGCUGUUGUUUCUGUUGAGAUCUGUUGUAGUUACAGGUCUAGGAAAUGUGAGAAUCCUGGUUGUAAAGGUCUGAAGAAUGCCAUGGAGUUUGAUCUUCAGUUGCAGACUGAGGAUUGCUUAAAAUCUUCCUCCAAGGAGAUCGAUAAUUUGCCCUGUAAAGGUGGGUCUGAGGCGAAUCCUGAUUAUGAUUGUCUGAGGUCUGAGCUCAGAAAGAUGGCACCCCCCAACGGACGGGCGGUGCUUCUGUUUCGAGCAAGGUGCGGCUGCCCCGUCGCCAAGCUGGAGGCUUGGGGCCCCAAGCGUGGUCGGAGGCACAAGAAGUCGGGGGUCAAUCUGGCAAUUGAUGGAGGCGGGGAGCAGCGCUGAUUUGUUCAUGGUGUCUCUUCUUGGGUCUGUUUACCAUAUCUCAGGUUUCUAGUUUUUGUUCUUUCAUUCACAAUUUGAUGUUUCAUUGAAGCUUCAUUUUCCAGAAGACUUGACACUUGCUGAGAACAAUUUUCCUCAACCUACAAGUUGGCGUUGGAUCUCUCCUCACGAGAUCGAUCUUCCUGAUGUAUUUUUUGUCUUGGGAGAUAUCCUCUUUCUUGGCUUUGAAUGCUCAAAGGAUAGAAAAUUAGUCUUUCGUGGCUAUGAAUGCUCAAAAGAUAGAAAAUCAAUACAAAUAAGUUUCACAAAA